AUGAACAGGCCCAAUCCGAACUUCAUCGAUUUCCUUCUGUCAGUCAAACGGGUCUCCCACCCACAAUGUUAUCAUCACAAUUGCCCUGCCAUAGUGGCGGGGAGGCUGCAGAAGAACUAUUGCUUCGCUAUCAGUGUUGGAAGCACUGGACAGCGACCAGGACACAGCAAACAACGAGGAUCUCCUGAGGCGAGUCCGUGCGAGCCUCGCUUUGGCCCGGGGCAGUGCGCGGCUAGAUGA